CUCUGUUAUUUAAAUUUGAAUAUUUUAUGUUCUGCAUACAAGACGUUAUCACUAUGCUUCGUUGGGUAAUCUAAACUCCGCAGUAGUGUAGUUUUGUUCUCACCAGUCGCUAUCGCCUAGAUACCACAGAAAACUACAGUUUAUUGUUAGUUCUUAGUAUCACAAUUAUUAUAAAGUCGACCUAAAACAUACACGUUGAUCGUGAAUAAUCAAUAUAUGAUGGAAAAAGUAAAGAAUUAUAAUAAUAGGAAAAGAACAUUAUAAAAACAGCGUCGGUCUGCUAAGAACUGUGAGAAUUUAACUGAAAAAGAAAUUACAUCCAAAUCAGCAGCUAUGAACAUAAAUGAACCAAAUGCAAGUGUGGUUUAUGUAAUAGAGGAUAACAAUGACAAUCCACUUUCUACUGAUGAACUUAAAAGUAUAAAAACGGUUUCUUCCAAAGUAACAGUACCAAACAUUACAAAUGAUGAAAUAAUAGAUAUUACUGGUGGUGAUAGUUCAUUUGAAAACUCCCCAACUAUAAAUCAUAAAAAAACUGCCCUGAACAUCAAUAAUGAUGAAAUAAUAGAUAUUACCAAUAUUACUAUCACAAGCAAUACACAGGAAGAUGUCCAUAAACAAUUUUCAAGUGAUACAAUAUUGUUUGAUGAUGAUGAUGAUAAUGAUGAUGUCCAAAUUAUUGAUGUUCCUACUUGUGUUCAAAAUAAAUCUAUUGAACUUGUUACUAUAUUAGACGACAGUGAUGAAGAAAAUACAUCAAAUCAAGAACCUGUGAAAAAACCAAAUAGUUUUAAAUCUGUGCACAAACGUCUAGGUAUUCCUACAACAGGCACAGUUAAAAGCUCAUAUAAUAGUCCUUUACGUAACCGUAAAAGAAAAUUGGAAGAAGAAUAUAUAACUAAACCGAAUUCUUUGGGUGACAACUUAGGAGGAUUCAUUAUUGAUACUCAAAAAAUGUCUUCUAACUCACAGAAUUUUAUUGCGUUGAGUAAAAAACCUGUUAAGAAGUUCAAGCCACAAGUAUCUUCAACAAGUACAACAUCUAGAACCAAAAGAAAACUACGACCAAUUAUCAUUGAUGGAUUAAAUAUUGGAUUUGCACAUGGUUCAGGAACAUUUUCGGCAAAAGGAAUUGAAUUGUGUAUACAAUUUUUCACUGAUCUAGGACAUACAGAUGUUAUAGUAUUCAUUCCACAACAUCGACAGGGACCACCUGGGUCUACAUCAAACAUCAUCUUGAAUAAUUUAGUUAAAAAAGGGCAAGUUUGUUUCACCCCGAGCCGAAAAGUCCAAAACACAAGGAUGACAUGUCAUGAUGACCGAAUUAUACUCAACUACGCCCAUAAAUGUGACGGAGUGGUUGUUUCAAAUGACAACUAUCGAGAUUUAUAUGAUGAAAGUGAAGCAUUCAAAGAGAUCAUUGAAAAUAGACAAGUAAUGGUGACAUUUGUCAGGGAUGAAAUAAUUGUUCCAGAAGACCAAUACAAUCAAAAAACAACAAUCCGGACUCUUUCAGAUAUUUUGUGUUUUCCAGAAUAAAUUUAUACUGUCUAACUCAGUGUUUCUCAAUCUUUGUAUAAUGGCGAGACACUAUUGAAAUAUUUCAUACUUUGUGACACAUAGUAAAAAAAAUAAGAAUAAUAGUUAGUAUUAAAUAUUUAUAAUUAGUUAAUAAUAUAUAAACUUAAAAACAACAAAGAAAAAUAUAAUA